GUGGGCAUCAUUUUCGAGAUAAAUUAAUAUCAGAUUAUAAGAAAAUCCAUAUAACCAUGAGACCCUACCAAAGAGGCAGAGGGCAUGCUCAUAGUAAGUUUGGUGGCAACAGUAAUAGAGGACGUGGCAGGGCAAAGUCAAGAGAAGUUCAGAGAGAUAGACCAGGAUGGAAUACUGAUGAUAUAGGGUUUCAGGAUACACAAGAAAUAUUUCAUAAAAGUAAUUUUAGAAAUGCAAAUAGAUCAAAUCAGUAUCAAAAGUCAGAUGAAACAAGUGGAUAUUAUCACAGGAAUUUUGAGGAAAAUUCAGGAAGUAUGGAGCAAUGUUAUGAUAGAGAUGAUUAUAAUUUUGUAGGGAGAGAAAGGCAUGCAAGUGAUACAUUUGAAUAUUUAGAAAGGGAUCGAUACAGCAGAGAUAAUGCUGAAUUUGCAGACAAAGAAUAUGAUAGGUUUUAUGAGAGAGACAAUAUUAAUGAACGAAGAGAUAGAGAUGGAAACUUUGUUGAAGAUAUUAGAGUCAGUUAUAGCAGAGACAAUGAUACUUAUGAAAACAGAAGUUAUAAUAAAGAUGAAAGAGACCCAUAUGAUGACAGGAGAUAUGAUAUGGGAGAUAAUUAUGAUUUUCAGCAUCCCCAUGAUUAUGAUAGAAGGGAUUUACAUGAUUAUCAGAACAGGGAAACACUUGGCAGUGAACAGCAAUACUAUAAUGAGGAAAGAGUUAAUGAUGCUAGAGAUAGAAGAAGGAAUUUCAAAAGAGCAGGUUACGAGAAUUACUAUUUUGAUAGUCCAAGACAAGAAAGAUACAAAGAGAGAAACUGGCAUAAAAGGAUUUUUUCUGAAAAUAAAAAUGAGAGUACUGAUAUUUAUGAACCUUUAGAAGAAGGUGUCUUAAGUUCACAAUCAAACCAAAGAAGUUAUGAUUGGCCAACAAAUGAAUCUGGUAUCAAAAUGGCUAUAGAAUUCUUAAAAAAUAAGCCUACAAAUGUUGAGCCUAAAAUCAGGGAAGAGGAAUCAGUUGUAAAUCAAGAUUCUGAGGAAGAACUGAACAAUUUGCCUGUAAUUAAACCAGAGUUGUUAGGAAAAGAGGCAAUCGAAGAUUUAAUUUCUGAUUUACUGAAUCUACUUCUCAAAAACGGAGGAGAAUUUACAGUUAUAGGAUUAGAAAAGGAAUUUGUAAGUACUGUCAAGCAUCGAUUUAAAGAUGAUAAAGUUUUGAAACCUUUUUUACAGAAAUAUCCAAAAGUAUUUGAAUUUGAUACAGAGAAAGCAAAUAAAGAAGAGGAUGGACUGAGUACUGAAGGAAUUGAAUUAGUUCGAGCAAAAUCAGAUGUCAAACUGUGCCAGGCUCAUUCAAAUCAUCCAAAAUCUUGCCAGGGUGACUGUGAUGCACUUCACAUUUGUAAAUUCUAUGUUCUGAGUUCAUGUGACAUGAUUAAAUGUAAAUUUGGCCACAACUUGAGUGACGAUCACAAUAUAGAGGUACAACAAAAGUUUUACCUUCAUAGAGUAGAAUUACCAAACUUGUGUCUAUUGCUCCAACAUGAUGCAAACAGAUGCAGGGUGACCGUCCCUAUUAUAUGUCAUUUCUACAACAGUUUGAAGGGAUGUAGGAGCAAAGAGAAAAUGGGAAAUCAACAACAGCAGCAAAAAUGUCCUUUCCUUCAUAUUUGUCGCAAUUUUGUUGAAGGUCGUUGCAAUAUAUGGUCCUCGUGUCGUCGCAAUCAUAGUUUACUGCAAGGUAAUGUGUAUGAAAUCCUUUGCAAAUAUGGUUUAGAUCCAAGAGUUUUAGUUGAUGGGUUGACCAGGGAUUUAGCAUUAUUAAAAUGGUCGUUAACUGAUUUUAAAGAUGAACUUGUAAAGACUGGAAGAAGGUACAUGUCAAAUCAGUUAGGGAUGGAUGAAGAAAAAUCUGACUUUACUAAAGAAAGGUUGAAAAGAAAAGUACAAGUUGGUGGUGAUGAUGUUAUAUCAGUCAAAAUUCAAAAAGUGAUGGAUACAAGUCUGAGCUCAGUAUCAAGUGAGACCAAUUCGCAGGAAACAAGUAUAGAAGAAAAGAGAAAUGUUUGUAUGGCAGCAAAAGAUUUGAUAGAGGAUACAGCAUUGAAAUUAGAAAAGGAUGGAGCUUCUCCUGCAGGAAAAGAAUCUUAUUCAAAGAAAAUAUCGAAAUCUUCUACAGUUUUGAAUAAUAAGACAACCAAUAAAGUAUCAGGAAAGGAUGAGGUUACAACCAAUAAUAUACCAGGAAAGGAUGAGGCCACAAACAAUCAGGUACCAGAAAAUGAUGAGAAUGCAACCAAUCAUAUACCAUGCUGGUCUAUAGCUGACAACAAUAAAUGGACAGAAAUUUCACAGAAAACCAUCAAAGAUUUAGAAACUAAAUAUCAAAACUAUCUGGCAGCUAAAACAGCAACAGUACUAGUUGAUGGAAAAUACUUUACAGUUGAUUUUAACAAACUAUCAGGUUGUUAUUCUGGAAGUGCAGCUAUUGUCAAAUUAAAAAGAGCCAUGGUAAAAGAGCCAGUUAAACCAUAGUUUGUUGAAGAAGAAAGCAAAAUACUAUUAAAAUUGAAAAAGAUGAAAAUGAGAAAUCCUAGAAUAAUGUGUCAUUGGAACAGAUGGUAAUACCAUCAACAGAGAAAGGAUAGAUACAGACUUUAUAUGUUUUGAACCCUGAAGUAUUUUUAAAAAUAUACUUAAUGAACAAAUAUUAAGAAAUUACCCGAACAGUAUUACAUAACUUUGUUAAAGGUAUAAUAUUAGGUUUGAAAUAUUUCACUUGGUUAUCUUCUUAUCAUCAACAUCAUCAGUUUCUGCUGUAAAGAAUGAAUGCUGAAGAGAAGAGUUGGACUUUUGAUUUUGAAGGAAAUUUAUGGAGAUCAAUUUUUGUCUGAUCUAACAUAAUUGACCUUAGAAAAAAUACAGGAUAGAAGCUGGUAUUUUUGGCAUGAAAAGAAAAUAAAAUGUUAUUGAGCAUUAUAAAUAGAAAUAAAAUAAAUAUGUUUAUGUUGUUAUAAACAGUGUAUAUAGAUCGUUGACUAAUAUCUAGACGUCUUACAUAUACAUAUACUCAUGCAAAGGGCCUGUAUGUGGAAGAACAUCAAACAUAAAAAGGUCAUGCUAACCUUGAGGAAGAGAAUAUGCAUUAUAUAGAGAAAUUGAAACCAUGGUAUAUAAUUACCCCAAAAAAUUGUAUCUAAUGAACAUAAAUCGAGAAAAUGGCAGUCUGUCAUUAAACUGUACACAGACAAUACCCUGAAAUCCAUUUUUAUACUCCCGCUUUAAAAAAGUGGUGGUAUACUGUUUUACCUCUGCCUGUCCGUCAGUCCGUCCGUCCCAUGAAUAUUUCGUCGCAUCUUUCUCAGGAACUACAUUACAAGGAUUUCUGAAAUUUGAUUUCAGGGUUUAUAUAAGUCAGCUAUACUGUGUAAUGCGCUUUCAGAUUCAUCACUCAACAACUUCCUGUUUACCGAAAUAUUUGGGCGGGUAUCAUCAGUGAGCAGUAGCUCGCAGUUGAACUUAUUAGCACAGCAAAGCCUUUCUUAGAGGGAUAAAGUUUUUAAUUCAUCAUUAUCUGAAUAAAUAUAUACCUAUUUUUUGUCGCUGUAUUUCAUGUGUUUAUACCUUGAUAAGACAAAGUGGUAUGAAAUUUUUUAAAAACUGUGAUGUUCAUGUGGUUUAAAAUAUAACUGUGCUCUUCAGUGCGUUCUUUAGCUGGAAUUUUUAAUGAUUUUAUUGAAAAUAUUUUAAAAUAACUUUAAAAACUGGAUAUAUACACUGCAUAACAAGUGUAGAAAAGCUGGCUAUUCUGUAAAAAAAACAUAAUUGGUGGAUAGACUGUCAGUUGGGAAACGGAAAGGAGGAAGUUGCAAGAAAAAAUCCAGUCACUGAUACUUAGUUCCUCAAUUUUGCAAAGUAUAGAUAUAUAUUAUAUACUUGUGUAUUUAUGUACAUUUGUUGUAAAUAAAUUUGUGGAAAUAAAAAAAUAACUUGAUACGAAAUAAUGUAGACUAGCAAUCAGAAAUAUGUCUGUGUCUUGUGAUAGAAUCAAAGCACAAAAAUUGUAUACCAAGAUGUAAAACAUUGAGAAAUAGUGAAAAAAAUUCUUGACCAAUUAGAUGUGUCUGUAAGGCUAGAUGUUUUGAAGUGAUAAAUGUUGAAAUUGGUUUAUUUGAAAAAAGGAAUGAUGCAUUAAGUUUAAAAUAAUGCCUUUAUGGAAAAGACAAGGAAAGCAAAUACAGUUGAAUAUGGUCAAAUUGGAACCAAGGCAAUAAAGAAGUCCUCUCAAAUAAUAUUGUGACUACAUCAGCAUGUUAAAAUUAUUACAUUGAGAAAAAUACAGAUGUGUUCGAAAUUUAAAAACUCUAUAUGAAGCACAAGGAAAUAAUACAGGAAAGAGAAAGAAACAUGUUAUAAACAUUGGCUAUAAAUCUACUAAAACUAUUGAUGAACAAGAGAAGUUUGUACUAGGUUGAUAUUUUUAUCACAAAGAACAAGAUAUGUCAUUCAAGGUUAUUUACUGAUUUUCUAUUUCCUGAGAUUUUAUUCUAUUUGAAUAUUUUAAGUCAAUUUUUGUAAUUUAACAACUUGAAAUCCACCAUUAUUGAUCAAUCCUCUGUUGUACAGAUGUUUAUGUUAAUCUAGUAAAAUUCUUAUUCAUAUAUCCAUAUUAUAUCAAUAUUAAAAUGUUAAUUCAA